CUCCGAUUAAGGUUUCUCGUAUGAGAGAUUGAGAGUGGGCUUCAAGAGUAGGCUGUUUCAAUAGCACGUCUGAAGCCUAUUGUUGUCAAAUAUUAUUUAUUAACUCGAAAGGUACGAUUUCAAAUACGGCUUUUACACAGGAUAAAAAAUUCAUAGCUCAGCUCAGAUAUAGAGCUCUUAUGUGAAAACUGCUGGAUAUACCUGUCUGGGAGAUACUCCAGGCUCUAUGACUCUAUGACACAGGAAGCCAUCGUGAUGACAACAGUUAUAGGUCUGUGCGUGACAAGCGAUAGUUCUUCGCGCCUUAAUUGAUCAGUUUUUGUAGAUGAGGACAUUGCUUGUUGCUUACCAUGUUUAUCAAUUAAGAUCUAAUUAGUUUUAAUUUUGUGUGUGUGUUUCAGACCUACAGAAGACUUAAAUCGUAUGGAUUAAAACGUGAAGUAUCGUGGAUCUAAAUAGAAAAUGGUGUUAUGUGAGGAUAAUUGUCAUCUACAAAUACACCGGGAUGGAAUGUUCCCGAAAGUGAUGAAUAUUUAAUUGGAACAAACUAUACAUGUGAACAUGUCGUGUUAACAAGAUGGCUCACAACAGCAUGUAUAUCAUCAAAACUGAUUGUGAAAUGAUGGGAUAGACAGUCAUUACCUUUACCACUUCCGGUUCCGGUAUCCUUGAUGGUAACACCAUGUAGAUAUUGAUGAUGGCGGAUAGUUUACAGAACUCGACCGCCGAUCUGAAUGCCGGCGAGUCUGCGACGCCUUGGCCCGCCAUUGUUAUGUUCACUGCCGGAGUAACAGGAAAUGUGUUAGCCCUAAUAGUUCUCAUCAAAUCCCCGAAGGAACAGCGUCGAUCUGUUUUCUACCGACUGGUUGGAGUUCUGGCCCUUACGGAUCUUUUGGGAAUUUGUGCAACGUCACCGGUAACCUUCAUGGUAUACGCCAAUCAGAUUCGAUUAAAGGAAAAACCACAAAUAUGCAACUACAGUUCUUUUAUGAUGAUAUUCUUUGGAUUUGCCACUGUUUUUGUGGUGGCUGUAAUGGGUGUCGAACGAUAUUUGGCACUAAUGCAUCCUUUCUUGUAUAAUGAAAAGGUGACGACGUCCAAAGUGACCCAGACACUGAUAGGGUUUUUCGUGGCGGCGUUGAUACUUGGGUCACUGCCUUUAUUAGGACUUGGAUCCAACAUUGUCCAUUACCCCGAUACUUGGUGCUUCUUCAACUUCAAUGGUGAUACGAUUGAAGACAGUAUAUAUGCCUUUCUUUAUUCCUGUGUAGGUAUAUUGAUGAUACUCAUGCUGAUAUUUACCAAUGUGAUUGUCACUUGUCUACUGAUAAAGAUGAGACGGUCGUCUGCUCUUCCCCACUACAGCAGUAACACAGGACCACCGGAACAGGAACUCCAAAUGAUCGUGUUCCUCUCGGGAAUUACAUUUAUUUUUGUAGCCUGCUGGUCGCCUCUAAUGGUAGUGGUGUUACUUAAACAGACAAAGAUGACGAGUUUUUCCUUGGAUAUAGACCUCAUAGUGAUCAGAUGUGCCGCGUUUAAUCAAAUCUUAGACCCUUGGAUUUACAUCCUGUUACGGAGACACUUAGUGUUCAAGAUAAUAACAGGUCUUCGUAGAUCAGUGUGCAGGUGUAAAAAUGAUCAAUCGACAUCGGAUAAUUCAAAUGAUGUGGUUGAUCGAUUUGAUAUUACAUCUUCAUCGAGUCAGAAUGUUACAGGACACACCAAUGGGUCGUAUCUAGACUCGACCCAUAGUAGUAGUAUAACUCUGAAUGGAUUAAACGGGACGUCAGUCGCCACCAUCAGUAAUGGCGCACUUGUGUUGUCUAAUGGAACGUGCCGGGGUGAUCAAAAAGUGAAAGAAAACGGUUCAUUUACUAAGCUUCCAAACGACAAUGGUCAGUCUAAUGGCGGAUUUAGUCAGAGUGACACAGAAGAAACCCCAACGAUUGUGGAACUCUCCAAUGGCGCGAUCAUCUGUUCUCAGCUUUGAUAAAACGCGUUCAUACUGAUAUUUUGUUCCCAUUGGUCUUUGUAUUUACGUAGAGGAAAUGGACUCCAGUGACGGCGGUUUUAUUUUGUUGAAAGAAAGUGUGUGCAUACCUUAUUCUUUUUGAAAAAAAGAUAUACGAAAUGUAUUGUUAAGUCAUGAUCAGGACUUCACCAUGAACACGGGUCUUAUAAAGACAGUAUGACCUAGUGGGCAUUCCGUCUACUAAGAACAAUCGUGUAUGGUAGAUUACAAAUAUCGAUAUCAGGUUUUAAUCAAAGACACAAUUUAUGUAUAUACUGUGACAAUUUCGUCAAAAUGUAUCGGUCAUCAAUAUGAAUGGUCCAUAUUGUCACACCUGAUCUUAUGACAAUUCUAAGGACAAAACAACGAGGUGUGUUAUACAGGCUACGAUUUUUUUGUCACGCUAUUCCGAUUUUAACUUUAUUCACAGGAAAAAGUUCCAAGACAUAGAUGUGUAAGACCACGCUUUGACACAAUGGAUACCGCUCUGAGAGUUUGACUGAUCAGGGCUCCAUUACAAUGCAGGUUUGGGGGUAUUUUAUAUAAGAUAUAAAGAAACCAUAAAGUUUUGUGAAAUAUAUAAAUUUCCAUGUAGUAGAUUGCUAAUACAUUGGUAGAACAGACAAUUAUUGUCUGUUUCAAUAAGUAUUUCCCUGGUGGUAAAAAGAACCCUUUUAUCAAAAUAGAAAUAGCGACCUAAUAUGUUAUGUCGAUAAAUGAUAAUAUUCUCGUGAAGUGGUACCUCGUCCCUUAUACUGAUGGAUUUCCUUAUGUUUAGUGUUCAUACGAUAUCAUGCAACAAUGUAAUGCAAUGUAUUCCAUGCUCACACAGCUGGUAUGCUCCAUAUUUUGUAUAAUUCUGUAGAUAUUGUACAUUUGAUAAAUUUAUUGUGCUAUUUAUUUUCAAAAACUUUAAUUUGCAUCAAAAAAAUAAAAUCCUUGAUAAUAGGUACUGGGAGUUCUGGUGGCGAUACAAGGUCCGCGAAAAUAUCUGACAAUAUUGAUACGUCGCUAAGUUGUAUCGACCUUCAUUAACCCAAUGGCACGUGAUAUUCGAUACAAUAACAUUUGUUGAUAUCUGAAAUUAACCGUUUUCAAAGGUUUUCUCAUCCGAAAACACAAUGAGAGUUACCUCCCAUGAUAAUAAUAUCAAUGAGAGUUGCCUCCCAUGAUAAUCAUAUCAAUGAGAGCUACCUCCCUUGUCAAUGAAAGUUGCCUCCGCUUAUAAUUUAGUAGGUUUAAAAGUUGAAUGAUUCCGAAAGCAUUCCAGAUUAAAUUUUAUCUUCGUUUUAGCAAAUAUUGAUAUAUCUGUGCAGGUUAAAGCCAACAUUUGACUGGUGAAAUUGAUCGACUUUGAUAACUAUUCCUUUAAAGAGGUGUAAUAGCUAUGUCUGAAUUUGAUGUUGAUUCCAUUUAACAUUCAACUUCAAUCGUAAAUAUCGGGACAAAAUGUUUAGAAUGAUUUUAUCUAACAAUGAAAACACAAUUGGUGGAUUGGAAAAUACUGUGACUUAAAUUAUUAGUUAAAGUAUCAUCAACCGUGGAGCUUAAUACAAACUAUAUCCUACCUAGAUACUGAAAAGGUCAAUCUUUUUUUGCUAAUUUUGUUUCUGUUUAAUUAAAGUGCGAAACAAGAAUACAUUAGAAAUAAAACAAAAAUUAUAGAUUGCUUUAUAAUUUUCACUAAAUGUAACAUCUUGUUGGGUUCCUACCACGAAACCAGAAACUGUUACUGUGAUCCAAAACAGAACGUUCAAGGUGUAGCGUACUUAAAAGUUGUAUGAGUUUUAGCAUCAGUCUAAUGUAUAUGUAGUUGUUUCUCUGUACUUUAUAAAAAAAAAAACACUAAAUUUUUUUUUUUUUUUUUUUUGGAAAGAUUUAAACACCGAUUUCACACACGUAGGCCUAAAACUAAGGUAGAGAAUCCUUGUUUUUUCAUGAGUAAAUAACGUUAUUUUCUUUAUCUUCACAUAACCAUUGGAGAAGACCUUUUUUUCAUUAAUGUACAUGCAUCAUAAUACAUAUGUAUCUUCUGUCUUCUAUACCAUUUUGUAAUAGGAAAAGGACAUUUAGACAUGAUAAAGAUUUUAGAACUCUUCUUUGUUACGGGAACAAAUGUGCUGGGCUUUCCUACCUUACAUUGACUGUAACAAUGCCAGUCAAAUUAUCAGAAUAUCGGUUAUUACUGAUAAUUGUCUAGUAACCGUCACGUUUUGUUUAGUGCAGUGAAUGCAUAGUUAAUUAUUAUGUAUGCUUUAUCCCGAAGUAUGAAAACAUCGAUAUAAUGAGUUGUGCCUGUAUUUAUUGUAACACGAUAAACCAAGCUGAUAUUUUGACACUUGGUGUUUUAGAGUUUAUUAAUCAUGAAACCAGUGUACGUAUGAUGCCCCAUAAUAACGAUAAUCAUUAUCUUUGUAACCAGGAUUAGAAAAUAUUUGUUUCUAAUUUUCAAAUAAUUUAUAAGCUUAACUUUCGACAGAUAUUGUUUUUACAGUUGAGUUUAUAUUCGUACUAUGAUACAAUUUUUGACAUUCCAUCUUUAUAUACCAUAAAUAAAUAUCAUCAUGGUUUCCAAUGUUGUGCAUCAUUUUUCUAAUACAAUAGGUGGGUGUUAUUCAACUCUCAAUUCAUCAAUUAAUCAUUACAACUGCGGACACGGAAAUGCAGAAGGUUGUUCGCGUCUGUUUUCCUGAUACAUGUCAUGUGUUUUUAUAUAUAGAUUUCUAUCGAUUUGAUGUUUUGAAGAUGAUAAACAUGUAAAAUACUUGAUUUUCAAUAAAUUAUAAUGUUUCCAAAUAUUC